UAACCAAAGCCACGAGUUAGAUUGGACCAAAGUGAAUUCUCUUCCAACGAAAACCCCCGCCGCCCAUCUCCCCUUUCACUGCUUCGUCCUCCCAAAUCCGACAUCCGACGUCGUUUCACGCUCGCGUUCUUCCCUUCCCGCUCGGAAUUGGGACAAUCAAUGGCGAGCAUACGCAGCGCUCUUCUUGUGAGGCAGUUCAUUCGUGCGUCCCCCUUCGUGGGGCUUGCCCAGAGGUCUUCCAUUCGGCUGGUUCAACCCCAAGUUGGGGCUUUGAGGAUCAGGUGCGCGGCCUCCAAUGCCGGAGAUGGAGAAAAGAAGGUCUCUGCUCGCCUGGCGCUGAUGCAGCAGUUGCUUCAGGGAGCUGAAGAGAGGGCACUCUCAGCUGGCUCCGAGCCGACCCCCAAGAUCACCCUUGACCAUGUUACUGUCAGCUUUGCGAGAAGUGGAGGACCUGGGGGGCAGAAUGUGAACAAAGUGAACACUAAAGUGGACAUGCGCUUCAAUGUCAAAAAUGCACAUUGGCUCAGUGAAAGAGUGAGGGAGAGAAUAUUCCAAAUGGAAAAGAAUCGUAUCAACAAAGAUGGGGAGAUUGUCAUUUCUUCAACCAAGACUCGAACUCAGAAGGGUAAUAUUGAAGAUGCUCUCGAGAAACUGCAGGGCUGCUAUCGAAGAACAGAAGAGAAUGCAGAACAAGAAAGCUCUCUCACAGAAGAAAUCGAUCAGGAGAAACAGAGACAGUUGGGACUGAUCAUCAGUUGCGUUGUCGACAAUCUACAGCACUGCUAUCAUGCUGAAAGCUCUUUCAUUUUAAGGUUUGUCUUGACACAUGCUGACAACUAUUGUUAUCUGUUGUGCCCAUCUCCAGUUAGCACAUUAAGUAUAUUGUGUUUAUGUUCAUGAAAGUUGUUUCUUGACUAAUACUUUCCCUUUUUUGAAUUGAAGGGAGAAAAUUAUACAGACUUAUUUAGCAUUCAAACUGGUUGAAAUUAUACAGUCAUGUUUGAUCUGGAAUUCUGACA